CUGCAGCUCCUCUGCGUGUUUCCGAACCGGGGCGGCUGCGGGCAGAGCGGUGCGGACCGGUUGGGGCCGGUUCCCCGCGCAGGCGCAGGGCCCCGUAAACAGGAAGCAGCGGCGGCCCGGAGCGGCGGAGACAAAGGGUUUGUGGAGAGGGGAACGGAAAGAAUCAGGUUGGCUCGGCUCAGCCCGGCCCAGCGAGCGGGGGUCCUGGCGGCCGGUGGCAGGAUGGUGCAGAAGGAGGGGCAGGCGGCGCUGGAGGAGCCCCAAGGCAGCCCCAACCCGGCCGGAGUGCCCGGUGCUCCCUUAGAGCCACCGGGAGCCGCUGCGGGGCCUAUCCCGGGAGGCGAGGAAACCGACACCGAGACGGAGACCGCGCUUGGCUCCCGCCGCUUCCUCUGCGGCGUUGUAGAAGGAUUUUAUGGAAGACCUUGGGUUAUGGAGCAGAGGAAAGAACUUUUUAGAAGACUUCAGAAGUGGGGACUAAAUACAUACCUGUAUGCUCCAAAGGAUGACUACAAGCACAGGAUGUUCUGGCGAGAAAUGUACUCUGUGGAGGAAGCGGAGCAACUAAUGACUCUAAUAUCAGCUGCACGAGAACAUGAAAUAGAAUUCAUCUAUGCAAUCUCUCCUGGACUUGACAUCACUUUCUCCAAUCCUAAAGAGGUAUCCACGUUGAAACGCAAACUGGACCAGGUUUCCCAGUUUGGCUGCAGAUCUUUUGCACUGCUGUUUGAUGAUAUUGAUCACAACAUGUGUGCAGCAGACAAGGAAGUUUUCAGUUCCUUUGCUCAUGCUCAAGUCUCAAUCACAAAUGAAAUUUACCAGUAUCUAGGAGAACCAGACACAUUCCUUUUCUGUCCUACAGAGUACUGUGGAACUUUCUGUUACCCAAAUGUAGCCCAGUCACCGUAUUUACGGACUGUAGGAGAAAAGCUGCUGCCUGGCAUAGAAGUGUUAUGGACAGGUCCGAAAGUGGUAUCCAAAGACAUACCGGUAGAGUCCAUUGAAGAAGUUUCUAAGAUCAUCAGGAGAGCCCCAGUUAUCUGGGAUAACAUUCAUGCUAAUGAUUAUGAUCAGAAGAGGCUUUUUCUUGGGCCUUACAAAGGUCGGUCAACCGAACUCAUCCCCCGGCUAAAGGGAGUUCUGACCAAUCCAAACUGUGAAUUUGAAGCCAAUUAUGUUGCUAUUCACACGCUUGCAACCUGGUACAAGUCUAACAUGAAUGGAGUGAGAAAAGAUGUGGUGAUGACUGAUACUGAAGACAGCACGGUUUCUAUCCAGAUUAAACUGGAAAAUGAGGGCAGUGACGAAGAUAUUGAAACUGAUGUUCUCUACAGCCCACAAAUGGCCCUGAAGUUGGCCUUAACGGAAUGGUUGCAAGAAUUUGGAGUACCUCAGCAAUACAGCAGUAGGCAAGUGGCCCACAGUGGUGCUAAAACUACUGUAGGGGAUGUCGGGCCUCUGGUGGCGCCUUCCUCUUUAAACGCCGCGACUGUGGUUACUACAGUUUACCAGGAACCCAUCAUGAGUCAGGGGGCAGCGCUGAGCAGCGAGUCGCCAACCCUGGUGAAGGAGGAGGAGAAGAAACAACCUGAUGAGGAACCAAUGGACAUGGUGGUGGAGAAACAAGAUGAUACAGACAAGAAUGCUAAUCAGAUACUGACAGAUAUUGCUGAAGCCAAGAUGGUGGAGGAGUUAAAGCCAAUGGAUACUGAUAAGGAGAGCAUAGCUGAAUCAAAGUCACCAGAGAUGUCCAUGCAGGAAGACUCUGGUAGUGACAUUGCCCCUAUGCAGACUGAUGAGCAAAUUAACAAAGAACAGUUUGUGCCUGGGCCAAAUGAAAAGCCUCUCUAUACAGUAGAACCAGUGACUUUAGAGGACUUACAGCUUCUUGCUGACUUGUUUUACCUUCCCUAUGAACAUGGGCCCAAAGGGGCACAGAUGCUGAGAGAAUUCCAGUGGCUCAGAGCAAAUAGCAGUGUUGUCAGUGUUAAUUGCAAAGGAAAGGAUGCUGAAAAAAUAGAAGAAUGGCGUAACCGGGCAGCCAAGUUUGAAGAGAUGUGCAGCUUGGUGAUGGGGAUGUUCACUCGCCUCUCCAACUGUGCCAACAGGACAAUCCUGUAUGACAUGUACUCCUACGUCUGGGAUAUCAAGAGUAUUAUGUCAAUGGUGAAAUCUUUUGUGCAGUGGUUAGGGUGUCGUAGUCAAUCUUCAGCACAGUUCUUAAGUGGAGACCAAGAACCCUGGGCCUUUAGAGGUGGUCUAGCAGGAGAGUUCCAGCGUUUGCUGCCUAUUGAUGGGGCAAAUGACCUCUUUUUUCAACCACCUCCGUUAACGCCCACUUCCAAAGUGUACACCAUACGACCCUACUUUCCUAAAGAUGAGGCGUCUGUAUAUAAGAUCUGCAGAGAAAUGUACGCGGACGGAGCUGAUCAACCCUUCCAUAGUUUACCAGAUUUAAUUGGAGACAAGUUAGUAGGAGGUCUGCUCACUCUCAGCCUGGAUUACUGCUUCGUCUUAGAAGAUGAGGAUGGCAUAUGUGGCUAUGCUUUGGGAACAGUUGAUGUGACUCCUUUCAUUAAAAAAUGCAAAAUGUCUUGGAUCCCUUUCAUGCAAGAAAAAUACACUAAGCCAAACAGUGACAAGGAGCUAUCUGAGGCAGAGAAAAUAAUGCUAAGCUUCCACGAAGAGCAGGAAGUGCUGCCAGAAUCGUUCCUUGCCAACUUCCCAUCGUUGAUAAAGAUUGAUAUCCACAAAAAAGUGACAGACCCAAGUGUGGCCAAAAGUAUGAUGGCCUGCCUGCUCUCUUCUCUAAAGGCUAAUGGCUCCCGUGGGGCUUUUUGUGAAGUGAGACCAGAUGAUAAAAGAAUCCUGGAAUUCUACAGCAAGCUGGGUUGUUUUGAAAUUGCUAAAAUGGAAGGAUUUCCAAAGGAUGUUGUUAUCCUUGGAAGAAGCCUGUGAAGUUCUUGACAGUGAACUGUUCCAGUACUGUGGUCCCUUAACAGCUGGGGAAGGUAGUGGUGGGAUCUUCUUAUGGUCUAGCUACACAAAGCCAGCAGUAAGCCAGCUUGGUAAAAGGGGCUAUGCGAAAAUCACCCAUCACACAUUCAGACUACUUUGCUGGAAGUGGAUAAUGCUGCUGAAAAUACUUUUAACAAAGAGAAACCUUAUCCUCUCCUGGUCCUGUGUGAAGUGCCAAGGAAUCUUGCAUGGGCUAUAGCUUCUCCGAGGAAUCCCUCUCAGUCGGCACUGUGGUUGACGAUGCUUCUCUGCGCUUGUGUCAACACAAAAGUGGUCUCUGGCAGAAGUAUCUAUACAGGUGCAGGAUUUUUCUGUCAUAGCAGGAUAUGCAACUGGAAGUUGCAGAAAUGGGAGGGAUUGCUUGUGUCAAUCAGCAAAUUUAAAGAUAAGUAGCUGCAGUUCUAUUUUUUACUAUCUUUAUGCUUGUUGAUAAAGCAAUGACUCGUUGUCACUUCUAAUGACCAUUGGUUGAAGCUUUGUGCGUGGUUAGGGACAAAUGUGCAGUGGUCUGUGGCAGAAGUCACUUAAUGACAAACCUGUAAAUUUCAGUGUAUAUAAACUUAGCUGUAUGCUGACUAACUUUUUGUUUACCAGUUUUUGUAACCUUUUCUUUUGAAAAGUGAAAUGGUAUAGGUCCAAGAUGGCACUUUUGAAUAACCCAAAACCACAGUGGAGAGCGAAUCUGUCCUCAGCACUGACCUUUCUUAUUGUGCCUCGUAUCCAGGGCUAGAAACUGACCAUCUUGGGUGAGAGGAGACUGUCCCAAAUGAUCCUUCCUUCAAACAGCUUUUGUCGCUGCUUGAGGUUAUGUCAUUCUCCUGGGACUGAAACAGCAGUUCCCCAAGAUGGGCUGCCAAACCCCUUAAUCCCAUGUGAAUGUUACCAAAAUUAUGGAUGAAAGAUGGUAAGAGGGAGAGAGCUGGCCCACGGCUGGGAUUUGUCCUUGGAACAGUCACCAUGUUUCAAAGCCUCUUCGUGCUGGUUUGAUUGAAUCAGGGUCUUCAAGUCCUACGCAUUUGUAUCAAAUAACUUUUCUAUAAGAAAUGCCACAAGAAGCACACUUUUAAACAUUAUUUAAAUGGUUGCCUACUUUUAAGUGUUCCAAGAGUUCAAUGUUUUUACCCAGGAUGGACGUGGUUGGCUACGGGAUGACGUCAGCGUGGUGUGGGAUCCGCUGGUGAGGUAGUUGCAUCAU